GGUCAAGAGACCGUGGAAGCAAGACGUGUGGUCUGCUCUCUCCGUCUCGCUUCGUCGUCGCGCGCUUGCUUCGAUACCAGACGAGUUUUUCCCCCGUGGAGAAGCGUCGAUACGUUUUUCUUUUUUUCUUUUUUACUUUUCUCGCACUCCUCCUUUUGUCUUAGUAUAUAUAUAUUUUGGGGGUGUUUUCAUUUUGUGUUGGAGGGAGUGAGGGAGACAUAAGAGAGACGCGGAUGUUAGACACAGAGAGAGAAAGAGAGAGAGAGAGAGAGACGGUGUGAACAGUUGAGUGAAUAUCAAGUGGAUCUCGGAGCCUGCAGACUCGGCCGCCCCGCGAAAAGCGACGAGGGACGCCGACGCCGAAGGGAGGGGUGAGGGCGUCGGAGGAGGGGGGUCCUGGUGCCGGGGACCAGGUCCUACUCGGUCCUGCUCCGGGCGGGGGAGAGCCGCCUGACGGAAGUGCGCCCAGGCCCUUCGCGCACACGGAGGCUCAGCUGGUGACCCUGGUGGGCGCGAGAGAGGAAUACUUAGUGCUCAGGUGGGCGUGCCUAGCUGGUCGGUCGGUGUGGCCCGCGGGCCGCACUGGCGUCAUGGGCGUGCGUGUGCGGAAGUGGAGGAGGGCCGCACUGCUGAGGCAGCUGGCUGGCAAAGCCGGGCCUUUCAGCCGAAGAUAAGCCUUAUGACCUACCCGGCCCGAGGUGCGGCCCACCUGGCCACGGUGCUGGCCGUGCUGCUGGCCAUGGUGGCCGUGGCCGCGACGGGCGCCAAGCCCAUGCCGCUGCCGCCCGCGCCGCUCAACGCCUCCGCCUUCUCGUCCUCCGAGGACUACUACUACGACUACUACGACUACGAGUACGACGUGGCGCCGCCCAACCUCAACCUGAGCGAGUUCCGGCUGCCGGGGGAGGAGGGGGGCGGCGCCCCCCACAUCCCGCGCUACAUGCUCGAGCUGUACAACGACCAGGCGACGAGGCGCUCGCACCCGCUGCCCGGCGCCGACCUCGUCAGGAGCUUCGUGGCCACAGCGAUGGAUAACCAAAGCGAGACGGAGGAACACCAGAACGCAGUACCUACUCGUGUCCACUAUUUGGGUUUCAACGUGACGCUUCAUCACAGAGAGAGGGUCACGAGAUCGACGCUAAGGCUUUAUGCUCUCAUCACAAGGGACCAGUACGCAUAUAUAGGCGUGGAGCGUCGCGUCCGAGUGGUCAUGAAGCAGUCCCGGGGCUCCAGUGACGCAGAGGGUGACGCAGAGACCGUGACGGUGUGCCAGCGUGACGUUUACGAAAUGCAGAACGUGUGGGAGACCUUUGACGUCACUUCGGCCGUCCGCUACUGGCUGGCGAACCCCGACGAGCCGCAGGUCCUCCAGUGUACAAGGGACUUAUAUAUAGUCAUUGGCAUCAUGUUUAUGCAAGGAAGUAUUGUGGAUGAAAUUAGAAUCAAAUUUAUGGAACAUGCUAAAGUAAGUCUUAGAGAGGUUGCCAAGACGUGUCAAGCCGCUUUAACAGACCAGUUAUAG